CAAUAAUGGCUUCUACCACGCCACAGUCGGCGGCGUUCACGGCUUCUUCUUGUGCCGGGGCGACGUGUCAAGGGACGAUUGCCGCAACUGCGUGGGAGAAGCUCGGGAAAUGGUGUUGGAGUUUUGCGACUACGAAAAGACGGCUAUGAUUUGGUUCGAUAAGUGCAUGUUGCGUUACUCGGAGAAGUCCGUGGUGGGGAUAAUGGACCAAUCCACCUCGUACACGAUGAAGAACGAGGAUAACGAUACUAAUCCGAAUGCGUUCAUGAAGUUUGUGGGGAACAUGUUUGAUGAGAUAGCCACUCAAGCGUCGGCCGAUGGUUCCGGGGGCAAGAAAUUUGCGGUGUUGGAAACGAGUUUUAGCGCCUUAGAGAAGGUGUACGCUCUUGGACAGUGUACGCCGGACCUGUCUAAGGUUGAUUGUCGGAAAUGCCUCGAAAACGUUGUUGCAUUGUUGCCUCGUUGCUGUUUUGGAGCCGUUGGUGCUAGAGCUCUUUUCCCAAGCUGUAACGUUAGGUAUGAGCUCUACCCUUUCUAUAAUCUCUCCGCCGUGGCAGCGCCACCGGCACCGCCUCCUGUCCCUCCUCCUCCUCCGGCAACUAUAUUUGAAAUUCCAACAGAGGAGUCGAUGCAAUAUGAAUUCAGUAUUAUUGAAGCUAUCACAAAUUGCUUCUCUCCCGAUAAUAAGAUCGGUGAAGGUGGAUACGGUGUUGUUUACAAGGGAAGACUUCCCAAUGGGCAAGAGGUAGCGGUGAAGAGGCUAUCAAAGGGUUCAAGACAAGGAGCCGUAGAAUUCAAGAAUGAGGUUGCAUUGGUUGCCAAACUUCAGCAUAGAAAUUUAGUAAGGCUGUUGGGGUUUUGCUUGCACAGAGAGGAAAAGAUACUCAUCUAUGAAUUUAUUCCAAAUAAAAGCCUGGACUACUUUUUAUUUGAUCCAGAGAAGAAACAACUAUUGAAUUGGUCCACUCGUUACAAGAUCAUAGAGGGAAUAGCCCGUGGACUCCUUUAUCUUCAUGAAGAAUCACGUCUCAAAAUCAUACAUCGUGAUUUGAAACCAAGCAACGUACUUUUAGACAAAGAUAUGAACUCAAAAAUAUCCGACUUUGGCUUGGCAAGGAUUUUUAUGGUUGAUCAGACUCAAGGAAAUACAAGUAGAGUUAUCGGAACAUAUGGGUACAUGUCCCCCGAAUACGUUGUGCAUGGCUUGUAUUCUGUGAAGUCAGAUGUUUACAGUUUCGGAGUUCUACUCUUGGAGAUUAUAACAGGAAAGAAAAAUAGUUCUUUCUCCUGCUCCACGGAAUCAUCAACUGGAGCUCAAGAUCUUAUUAGCUAUGCUUGGAAACAUUGGAGGGAGGACACAGCAGUAGAGAUGGUAGAUCAAAGCCUUGGAGGAUUGUAUUCGAGAAAUGAAGUGAUUCAGUGUAUCCAUGUUGGGUUGUUGUGUGUCCAAGAAAAUGUGGAUGAAAGGCCAACAAUGGCGAAUGUUGUGUUGAUGCUGCAUAGUCAUUCUGCUACAAGGAGGGCACCUAAUCCGCCGACAUCUUUCGAUGGUGGAAAUCAUGAGAUGACGAUUUCCGCAGGACAGGAAUUAGCGGAGCAGUCAACCAACAAGUCACCUCCAUUGUCGGUGAACGAAGUUUCCAUCUCAGAGCUAGUCACCGCCGAAAAUUUUCUUCUCGCAUAUGCCUGCCCAAAUACUUCUACCUAUACCCCGAACAGCACGUAUCGAGCCAACCUUGAUGUUCUUCUCUCUACACUUUCCUUGCAUGGCGAAGAACAAAAUGGGUGGUACCAGAAACGUGAAACUGCGGUGUACGGCUUGUUCAUGUGCAGGGGAGAUGUCUCGACCGACGUAUGCAGUGAGUGUGUUAGUAAAGCUACCAAAAUAAUACGGCAGAAAUGCCCCUGGGAGAAGACAGCUAUAGUUUGGUACGACUAUUGCAUGUUGCGUUACACGGACAAGAACGUAUUCGGGAUAAGAGAGGAGGAUAUUGUCGUCUCUUAUGGUUUGAUAAAUACACAGAAACAUGCUGAACCAGAAAUGAUUGGAGUUUCAGCUGAGGAGUCUUCGCAAUAUGAUUUUGGUACUGUUCAAGCUAUUACAAAUUAUUUCUCUCUCAAAAGUAAAAUUGGUGAAGGUGGAUAUGGUCUUGUAUACAAGGGAAUACUCCCAAGUGGACAAGAAGUAGCUGUAAAACGGCUUUCGAGAAGCUCAGGACAAGGAGCUCAAGAAUUCAAGAAUGAGGUUGAAGUAGUCGUCAAGCUCCAACAUAAAAAUUUAGUAAGGCUACUAGGAUUUUGUUCCGAAGGAGAAGAAAAGAUCCUCAUCUAUGAAUUUGUGCCCAACAAAAGUCUUGACUACUUUUUAUUUGAUCCUGAUAAACAAUAUCUAUUGGACUGGUCAAGGCGAUACAAAAUUAUAAAAGGAAUAGCACGAGGUCUAUUGUACCUUCAUGAAGAUUCUCGUCUUAAAAUCAUACAUCGUGAUCUCAAAGCAAAUAAUAUAUUAUUGGAUGCAAAUAUGGAUCCAAAAAUAGCUGAUUUUGGCAUGGCAAGAAUUUUUAAAGUUGAUCAAACUGAAGGAACUACAAACAGAAUUGUCGGACAUUUGUUGAUGAACCUCGUCGCUAAAGGUAGAUCUGAUAAUUUUGGUAUGCGAUAUCACUGCGUAAACACAACUACUUACACUCCUAAAAGCACCUAUAAAGCCAACCUUGAUUCCCUUCUCUCUAAUCUUUAUUCCAAUGCCACCCGAAACAAUGGUUUCUACCACACCACAAUCGCCGCCGCCGGCGCUUCCAACGACACCGUGCACGGCUUGUUCCUGUGCCGGGGCGACGUCUCCACCGACGAUUGCCGGAGCUGCAUCGGAGAGGCCCGUAUAAAGAUAUUGGAGCUUUGCACCAAUGAAACGACGGGUAUUGUUUGGUACGAUAACUGCUUGUUGCGUUACUCGGAGAAUUCCAUGUUGGGGAUAAUAGAUGUAUCGACUUGGUUUACCGCGAAGAGCAAGGAUAACGAUACUCGACCAAAUGGGUACAUGCAGUUGGUGGGAAACGUGUUGGAUCAGAUAAUCUCUCGAGCAUCCAGUGGUUCCGACAAGAAAUUCGCGGUGUUCUCGGAUAAUUUUAGGGUGUAUGGUCUUGGACAGUGUACCCCUGACCUUUCUAACGUUGAUUGUCAGAUAUGUUUCAGGAAUGUUAUUGAUAUGCUGCCUCGUUGCUGUUUUGGAGCCGUAGGUGGUAUAGCGGUUUUCCCAAGCUGUUACGUUAGGUAUGACCGUUACCCUUUCUACAAUCUCUCCGCCGUGGCAGCACCGCCACCGGCGCCGCCUCCACCACCACCGACUAUGAUUCCCAAUUCCGCCAUUAGCAAAGGGAAUAAAAGAAAAGUGACUAUUGCAGCCUCUGUUGUGUCAAUCACUGGGAUAUUACUCUUCGUUUUAUGCUUGUGUUUCUUGAAAAUGAAAAGAGCAAAGAAGGCAGCUACUGACAUGACUGACAUUCCAACCAAGGAGUCAGCACAAUAUGAUUUUAGUACAAUUCAAGCUAUCACAAAUUGCUUCUCUCCUGAUAACAAGAUUGGUGAAGGUGGAUAUGGUGUUGUUUACAAGGGAAGGCUUCCCAAUGGGCAAGAUGUAGCGGUGAAGAGGCUGUCAAGGGGUUCAACACAAGGAGUUGAAGAAUUCAAGAAUGAGGUUGCAUUGGUUGCCAAACUUCAACAUAGAAAUUUAGUAAGGCUAUUGGGAUAUUGCUUGCAUCGAGAAGAGAAGAUACUUAUUUAUGAAUUUGUUCCCAACAAAAGUCUUGAUUACCUUUUAUUUGAUUCAAAAAAGAAACAACUAUUGAGUUGGCCCACUCGUUACAAGAUUAUAGAAGGAAUAGCCCGUGGACUCCUUUAUCUUCAUCAAGAUUCACUUCUCAAAAUCAUACAUCGUGAUCUGAAAGCAAGCAAUGUACUACUAGAUGGAAAUAUGAACUCAAAAAUAUCAGACUUUGGACUUGCAAGGAUUAUGGUGGAUCAAACCCAAGGAAAUACAAGUAGAGUUAUUGGAACAUAUGGAUACAUGUCUCCCGAGUAUGUUUUGCAUGGCUUGUUUUCUGUGAAGUCCGAUGUUUUCAGCUUUGGAGUUCUACUUUUGGAGAUUAUAACCGGAAGGAAAAACAGUUCUUUCUCCAUGGAUUCAACUGGAGCUCAUCAAGAUCUUCUUAGCUAUGUUUGGAAACAUUGGGUGGAGGACAGAGCAUUAGAGAUGGUGGAUCAAAGUCUCGGAGGAUUGUAUUCGAGGAAUGAAGUGAUCCAAUGUAUCCAUGUUGGGUUGUUGUGUGUCCAAGAAGAGGUGGAUGAAAGGCCAACAAUGGCGAAUGUUGUGUUGAUGCUCAAUAGUAAUUCCUCAAAAAGGAGGACACCUAAUCCACCUGCAUUUUUCAACGGUAGAAAUAAUACGAUGAUUUCUGCAGGACAAGAGGCGGAUCAGUCCAGAAGAAAGUCACUCCCAUUGUCUGUGAAUGAAGCUUCCAUUUCAGAGCUGUAUCCAAGAUAAUUAUAUAUGCAUCAAUAGAUCUUACAAGAUCUAUUUGUUGUACACCUAAAUCAAUACUA